GACAGCAGUUUGUGCAACCACAGUUUGGCUCCAUUACCAAAUAAAAUCAAACUCAUUAAUACAAGGAUAUUGUAUCUUCUUGUGCUACGAUGACCCUAAAUCUGGGAGGAUGGAUACACAGUUUCACAGUAACUGAUACACAACAGCACAAGGGAGGCUAUACUAUUUACAAGAUUACAUCGAUUGUCUUCCCCCGAUCGGUGCCUCAGGCACUAACGUGCCUUGUGGUUUGGAAACGAUUUCAUGAAGUCAAACGACUGCAUAGGGAACUUAGUCGCCGGCACAAAAGUAUGAAGCUGCCGGGUAAAGUACCCGAACCAACAGACAGCAGCUAUUUUAAACGUUUCGAUGAGGAUGUGAUACAGCUACGCAAAGACUAUAUACUCAGGCUACUUGACUUUGCCGCCCAGCAUCCGGUGCUAUACAAAUGCAACAGUUUCACACAGUUUUUUAGCGAAGCUCAAUCACCAAAUUCAUCACCUUUACGAAAAUUGUAUGUGGAGCGCUCGCUCAAAAUACCUGGCAGCGGUGCAAUAGCGGAAAUUUGCGAUAAACUCGAUUUGCCCUACGAUCCACACGACGCUAAUGGCAUGGUGCUCUUGGAUCCACGCUGUGACAAGCCUAGCAGCGAUAGCGAGCAAAAUGAACAGCAAGAGCAUGAGCAAGAGCAGCUUAGUGUAGAUAAGGUGGUGGAAAAACAGGAACAACAAUCUAAGCGUGACUACACACGCCUGUUGACGCCUAUGGCUUCGGUAGAGAGCGAGGACAGCGAUUACAUUUAUGAGGCGGCCUUGGAAUUCAGUCAUGCUGUACAGUCGGAGGUCAAUUUGGAGUAUGAAGAUGCCCAUAAGCAUUACAAGCGCGGAGUGGAGCUUUUGCUUGUGGGUUCUAAAUGUGAUAGUAACGAGGAUCGUAAAUUUAUUGCCAAGGCCAAGAUUGCCAAAUAUCUGGCGCGUGCCGACGAUAUUUGUGCAAAUUUCUUGCGCUCCGAUGUCGGUCGUAAUGGCAACAGGAAGCUCCAAUUCCAACUCUCUCUGGAUGAAGUCGACAGUGUAACUCAAUUAGAAUGUGCCUGGAAUCAAUUGGCUAAGUAUAAGGUGCUGAAAGUGUUGGGAGAUCGCGUCAUGCAGGUGCAGUGCAUCACAGAGCCACAGUCGCGGCCAACGUGUAUAAUGAAGGGCAUCGAGAAGCCAGCAAGCAAUUCGCCCACCCAAAGCAUUUUUCUGCCACAGCGUGUGCCCUACAUGUGCCAACUGCUGGCAUACUUCCAAUCAGACCAGAAGAUUUUCCUGUUGCUCAAACAGGCCGAGGGUGGACGCCUUUACGACUAUAUCCAAAGCUACACCCCUACGGCUAGCAAAAGUGCUGACUACGCCAACUUAUUCCCUGCGGAACAGCCAUUGACAGUCGCUAGUGAUGUUACCGAACUCGUUCGCAGUUCGCAGCAGUUGCUUAAAUCAGUCUCGCAUACUUUGAGCAACUUGCAUGCGGGAGUGCUGACUCCAAGACGACAGCAGACGACGGCGAGGCGUUUGCCUGAGGUCUGCUUGCGUCAAUGGGCUUGCGAGCUGGCGGUGGCUAUACACAGUCUGCAUGGCAAGGGUGUUAUAUUGCGAGACCUACAUAUGGAAAACAUUUUGCUGGGAAAGUCUGGCCAAUUGAUGCUCACAUACUUCUACCAGAACGAGGGUCUAACCUCCGAUGACAACUACGUGCAUAAGGCACUGAGUUUCCAAGCUUUAAACAAUCAUUUCGUGGCCCCAGAACGACCGCUUACCCUUCGCUCAGAUUGGUGGAGCUAUGGAAUCGUUCUCUACCAGCUUCUAUUGGGCGUGUCGUACAAGGCAAUGCAUCCCGGCCAUCUGGAGCUCUAUGGAUGUGUACAAUAUCCGCCAGAUGUUGAGGACAUAUCGGAUAAUGCACGAAAUUUGCUAGAGCAACUAAUUCAAUUGUCACCAGAGCAGCGUUUGGACUAUGAACAGGUACAGGCACAUCCAUUUUUUGAAGGAGUCGAUUGGCAGACAGUUUUGGACCAAGGCAACGGUUCGUCUUAGUUAAUCGUAUGACGAAGAGGCACCAAAUGUAUCGAAUUUCCAAAUUCGCCUUAUCUUUUAAAUAGUAGGGCGAUUUGAGGA